AUGAUUUAUCAUACCUCAAAGCUUGAAACCUUUACCCCCUCAAGCCUAACAGCCCACAUGGCGGUAUCUUCAGCACGCCGCAAGGCUAUCUUGGUCAUCGGCGCAACUGGCAAGCAAGGUGGCGCUACUGUUGAAGCACUCAUCGAAGCAAACGCCACAUCAUCGCAUCAGGUACUGGCACUGACAAGAAACCGGGAGUCCUCGUCGGCAAAAAGACUAGAAGUGGCUGGUGUGAAGAUAGUGCAGGGCGACUUGAACGAUGUGCCGGCCGUCUUUCGAGAAGCAAAGAAAGCUUUUGGUGGUUUUGAACCCCAUAUAUGGGGUGUCUUCAGCGUACAGACAUUCAUGGGAAAAGGAGCCUCGAUUGAACUUGAAGAAUUACAGGGCAAGGCACUGGUCGACGGCGCACUUGCGAAUGGCGUUCAACACUUUGUGUACGCCUCAGUCGACCGAGGGGGAGCGAAAUCCUACGAAAAUCCCACGAGCGUUCCACACUUCAGAAGCAAACACAACAUCGAACAUCACUUGGUCGAGAAAUCGAAGGGGAAGAUGAGCUGGACCAUUCUUCGGCCUGUUUUCUUCAUGGACAAUAUUGCAUCUGACUUUGGUUCCAAAGCUACGGCGACGUUUUGGAAGAUCGGGUUAAAAACUAAGCCUCUACAGCUUGUAGCAGUAAAGGACAUUGGAUGGUUUGCCGCCCAGUCUUUUCUUCGGCCAGCAGAGUUCGCGAGUCGUGAAAUCUCAAUUGCCGGAGACUCAUUAUCUCACAGAGAGGCCAACGAGAUUUUCCGGCGUAAAGCUGGUCGCGACCUGCCGGGAAUUCCGAACUUGCUUGGAAGAUUGUUACUGAGGGUGGCCGGUGACUUUGGCAAAAUGUUCAAUUGGUUUAGUGAAGAGGGUUACGGCGCUGAUGUUGCGGCAUUGAAGAUGGAGCACCCGGGGCUAUUGACUUGGUCUAACUGGCUGGACGAUGAAGGCAGGCGGCUGGUGGUACAGCAGCCGUAA